AUCGCGGUUUUCGGGACUGAACGAAGUUAGCGUUCGCGCUUGGUGACAGAUGUUCGACAAUCACCUUUCUCUCUUUCUCUCUCUCUCUUUCUUUCCCUUUCUUUUCUUCUCCCCCUUCUUCCCAUAAAUAUUGUUCGUGAAAAUGAUGGUCUUUUGACGUCAUAGAUCUCUUAUGAACGGUGCACAUUGCAUCUUUAAAUUGCAUCUUUUAAUUAAUUUUUUUUUAUGCUAUAUAUAUAAAAAAAGAAAGAAAAAUAGAGAAAAAUAGUCGGCCAAUUUCAUUUCAAUAUAAGGAAUCAGAAUAAUCAGCUAAUGAAUGAUGUAUUAAAUUUAAGACAUGUGUUCGAAAAUCUACUUUACGGAGGAGAGUAAAAUUUGGCUGACCAAUCGGGGUGGAAAAAGCAAAAAUUUCUUUGUUUUGAUUGGUCUGUCAAAUAUUACUUCGACGUGUAAUUUUCGAGCAUAACUCAGAAUUGACAGGCUUUGCUUUGGAGCAUUUGGCUUAUGUUGACUUUUACGACAAGUUGUGAAAGAGUGCGAUUUUUUUUAAGGAAACGAGAUCUUUUAUUAGAAAUUAUAUUAUAAAUAAUCUAAUAUUUUUUCUUUUUGACUAGUUUAGUUUUUGACAACUAAACAAUUAUGGAUACAAUGGAUGUCAUUUGUCUAAUUUUCUCGAAAAAUAAUGUUUUUGUAUGGAAUGCAGAUGAUUGGUUGAAACUUCGACAGGAUCAUAGAAUAAUUGGCGAAUUAGUGGGUUCCUUUCCAAAAUUAACUAGGCAAGAUGUAUUUUCAGGACUUCCAUUACUUCUGUUACCAGAAGAAGUAACUCUUUUACUUGAGAAAAAAAUUGCUCGUCUCGUACAGUGUUCAAGUCUAGGAAAACCACCAACUGAAUCAUUGAGAGAAAAAUUUCAAGAGUAUAGAGACACACUAUUUAAACAGCAAUCAGAAUGUUUGAGAGAGAAUAGAAAAAAACAGAUUACUUCUGUGAUGGACAAAAUUGUGGAAGGAAAAAAGCGCAAGAUAUUGGGAUUGCAUACAAGCAAAAAAAAGAUGAAGAAACCAGUAGAUAAAAAAACACAGGAAGCUUUAGACAGUAUUGAAAUUAACACUCAAAAUCUAUUAGAGGAAGAAUUGGCUAAAUUACCUAAAUUAAGUAAAGCUGAAGCUCUUGUUCAAACACAUACAGCAUAUCCAUGGUUUAAUAAAGAUGACAUGAAAGAAGUAGAAUGGAAAUAUCCACUUACUCCCAAUCAACAACAUAAAUAUAAAGUAUACAAAGAUCUUUGGGAAAAAGAAUAUUAUAUUACUAGUGGAGAUAAAUUUGGUGGUGACUUCUUAGUAUAUCCAGGUGAUCCAAUAAUGUUUCAUGCACAAUUUAUAAUACAGUGUAGAUGCAAAGACGAAGAAAUAUCUAUUACAGAACUUGUAGCUCAAUGUAGAAUCAGUUGCCAUGUCAGAAAAACAAUGGUAUUUGCUACAUAUUAUGAAGAAGAGGAUACAGUAAAGUAUCAAUCCUUUCAGUGGGCAGGGAGUAAUAUAUUUGAAAAUAGUUAAUAUAUUGAGUGAAUUUUAAGUAAAAAAAG